GUAGUGAGUUGAGCCAGCGUGUGUGUGGUAGCAUUUUGUAUGAGAAAUAAUAGACAGUAUGUGGAAUUACACUUGUUGUGUUGUUGACUGCAAAAAUAACGGUAAAACUAGUGAUUGUAUAUUUUACAAGUUUCCAACUGCAUCACAUAAAAUACGUCAAAGGCAAAAAUGGAUUGCUGCUGUAAAAAGAAAAAAUCCUGAUGGUUCAAAGUGGACUCCAAAAACUCAUCACGUUAUAUGUAAUAGUCAUUUCAUUGGCAAGAAAAAAUCAGAUGAUCCUGCGAGUCCAAGCUAUGCGCCAACUCUAUUCCCUCCUGUUUAUCAUGCAAGGCAAUUAAAUGAAAGAGCUGUUUUAAGCAGGUACAAUCGACUCAUUAACCGAAGAAAGACUCUUCACAAGCAUAAAAUCGAAGUGAAUUGUGAUACUGGAAAUCCAGUUAAUGACGACUCUAACAAUGUUGUCCAUAAUAAUGGACGUGAUCCUAUGGAUGUAAGCAGUGCAGAAGUAAUUUUAAAAACUGAUCAAGAGUGUCAAGUAGAUUUUGUAAAUUCUGCUGGUAUCGAACAAACAAAAACUUUCACUUGUAACAGAUAUAUUUACAUGACUAUUUACUGCGAUGCUGAAGUUCAAACUGAAAUACCGGAAAUUGCCACUCUCAAAACUAUUGUGAAUAGGAAAAAAAAAUGAAAGAUGAAAGGGUACAAUGCGGCACAUCGUUAACAGAUAUAGUAGAUAAGUCGGUUCGUUUUAAUGAGGCUGUAGUUGAACAAAAUAAGAAACAGCGUAGUUUCUGUGGUUUUCCAUCUAUUAAGACCGAUGAAGAUUUAUUAGAUAUUGCUGGAGUGAACUUCCAGAACUUUAAUUUUUUAUGAAGCAUAUUAUUCAGUAACAUCGUAAUCAACAAAAAUAAUGAUUGCUCACGUUUAACUGUACUUUAUGUGGCUCAGAAGAUACGGAUGCUGGUCGACCAACUUCAGCUUGAAUAAACAAACUUUCUCCAUUAUGCCUGUAUUCUUGCAUACUCCGAACAUGAUCGGCGUUAAAUAGAUUUAUGCCUUUUA